CAUGCGCAGCUGCAGCAUAACGACAUGAACUGUUAUGUUUUCGGUAGCAACCGUCACUCUAGGCUGAAUAAACUCUCUUUAAAAGGUUGAAAAUGUCGACUCUGCUGGACGACACGGCAGCAGACGUGCCGGUCAGAGACGUCAUGGUGAAUCUGUCCAGACUUCCUGCAGCUCCACACGAUCCAUCGCUGUACCAAAAUGCUCGGAUGCGUCAGGACAUCUCGCGGGUGUCCAGGGAGGAGCUGGAGGACCGGUUCCUGCGGCUCAACGAGGAGACUCUGCUCCUCAAACAGCACGUCAACAAACAGGACGACAAGAUCAAGAAACUGGGCACUAAGCUGAUGCGGUUGGUGAAGGACCGUGGUCGUAUGGAGCAGCUGGCGGUGGGCGGAGCUCAGCCGGUCUCAAAGGUUCGGGACGUGGAGAUGGAGGAAAUGAUGGAGGAGCUGCAGGAGAAAGUGCGGGCCCUGCAGGGGGAGAACGAGGGACUGAAACAGCGCCUCCUGGUGGCCAAACAGCAUCUCAUUAACUCUCAGAGCCGGAGGCCGACGCCGUAUGGACAUGUCCCGUCUCGAGUGAACACGGGGUUAAAGAGACUGCGUGACGACGGCUCGUCUCCGUCUCACACACGACCAAAGAGUACGAGGAGUUUGGAGGGAGCAGGGAGACCCCCCACCGGCCUCUUACCUCGAUACGGACACAACCUGCUGGAGGAGGCCCGGGCCGAGAUCCGCAACCUGGAGAAUAUGAUGGAGCUGCAGAGGAGCCACAUGGAGGAGGUGGAGGGAGCGUCAGAGCUGCUGAGGGAGGAGCUAAGGAGGAAGGAGGAGGAGUACGAGGAGAGCCUCCUGCAGGCCCGACAGCAGCAGACCUCCAAACUGAGGUCUCAUGUCAGCAGUAACGUGACGAUGAUCAAACUGCAGAAGCAGCUGACGGACAGAUCGAACACGGUCACCGAGCUGGAGGGCAGAUUUCUACAGAUCCAGGAGAGUCAGCGGAUGUUGAAGGCGAGUCACGACGCGGCGAUGCUGAAAGUGGACGAGUUGUCGGCUCAGCUGAAGGACGAGAGGAUGAAGAGUGUGGAGCUGGAGAAACGUCUGCAGAGCUCCAACAUCUCAAAGUUAAAGAUGGAGCAGCUUCAGGAGCGAAUCAGUGAGGUGGAGCAGGAGAGAGACCUGCUGAAGGACAACAACCACAAACUGCUCAACAGUGCGCUGGACAUGUCUCGUCAGCAGAAGUGGCAGAUUCAGGAGCAGCAGCUGAAGCUUCAGAUCGCUCAGCUGGAGACGGCGCUGCAGGCCGACCUCGUCGACAAGAACCAGAUCCUGGACAAGAUCAAGGCAGAGAGGGACAUCAGCGAGAAGCUGACUGAAGACAAUAAGAAACUUCACAUCCGGUUUCUGGAGCAGAAGCAGCAGAUCGACGAGCUGAACGAUCGACUCAAGUUUUACAGCAACGAGAGCGAGUAUGACGUGUCUGAGCUCACUGAGGCUCUGCUGCUCGUCAAGACUCGUAGGUCCCAGCAGAGCGGAGAUCUGGGCUUCCUGAAGGAGGAGGUGGAGGACGGGUCGAGCUCGGUCAGAGAGCUGAGAGCGGCUCACGCUGAAACCAUCCAGGAGCUGCAGAAAACCAGGAACCUGCUCAGCAUGGAGAGCAGGAUCUGCAGGGACUACAAGGCUGAGCUGGAGGCCGUGAUGAAGAAGAGGGAUGCUGACCGAGUGGAAAACGAGCAGAAGCUGCAGAGACAAGCUCAGCUGCUCGACACGCGGGCGUCAAAGAUAAAGAAACUGGAAGCUCAUCUCAAAGAAAUCGCCUACGGGACAAAAACCUACGUGUUCAAACCGGACGUGACUGGCGAGGAGGAAGCAGCAGCGUUGGAUGAGACUCUUCACCUGGAGCGGGGAGAGAACCUACUGGAGCUGCAGAUCGUGGGAGCGUCUCUGUCUGCAGACGCUCUGGACGCUCUGGGAGACUCCGAACCCUCCACCUUCUGCACCUACUCCUUCUAUGUGUUCGAGCUGCACUCCACCCCCGUGGUGACGGGACUCAAACCCACGUACGGCUUCACGUCCCGGUACGUCUUGAGCGUGGACAACGAGCUCCUGAACUACCUGCACAGACAGUCGGUGACCGUGGAGCUGCACCAGGCUCUGGGUCUGGACUGGAGGACUCUGGCCCGCGGUCAGCUCCGCCUGCAGCAGCUGCUGGAGCAGGACGGGAGAGUUCACGGGACCAUACCGCUGAUAGGUCUGUCUGAUGAGUGCCGCUCGUUUGGCUCGUUGGAUUUCUGGGUCAGACUGAGGAUCCCGAUGACGGAGACCAUGUGUCUGUACCGAGAGAGGCUGAAGGCUGUGGGCUUCAUCAGCACUGCUCUGACCCAGCACACACAGCCUCCUCCCCCCUCCAGCAGCAGCAGCAGCGAUGGUCUGAACGAGAUCCUCGUCUCUGUGCGGAUCUGCAGAGACCUGAAGUCCACAAACUCGGAUCAGCCCAGUCCUUACGUGGUCUACAAGUUCUACGACUUCCCCGAUUACCCGACCACCACGAUCCACAACUGUAGACAUCCAGACUUCAACGACACCAAGUCCUACUCGGUUCACAUGGACUCUGGCCUGCACCAGUACCUGCAGACUGAGCCCCUGCAGGUCUACGUGUUCGACUAUAAAGAGGAGAGAAUGGACACGUACGUGGGGAAGGCCCGAGUCCCUCUGCAGCCCCUCAUUCAGGACCAGGAAGUCUCUGGAGUGUUCGAGCUGAACGAUCCCUCCGGACUCCCUGCAGGACACAUCGAGGUGACUCUGAGGUGGAGGUCCACGUACUUCGCUCCACCUGGAUCCAUCUUGACAGCCGAGGAGUCCCAGCUCAUCCAGGAGGAGGAGGAGGAGGAGGAGGAGGCUCUACAGCAGGAGGACAGAGAUUCUCUUCAUCAUGGCUCCUCCUCUCUGCAGGAGGUCUCUGCCUCAAAGGCUCCGCUGCCAAAGCUCAGACACAAACCUCAGGUGAGAGACGGACUGACGGCAAAAAGAGUCACGUUUGUGGAUCCAUCAGCUGCAGAAACAACACACCAGAUCGAGCCUGAAGUGACUCCUGCAGCUAAAAACACCACAGAAGAAGAAGAGGAGGAGGAGUCUCAUGUGUCUGAAGGACAGCUGGUCCCCGUCAGCUCUUUGUCCGUUUCUGACGACUCUGAUAUCUCAGAGGAAAUCAUCCAGGAUGAGAAGCAGACCCCGGCUGUCCGAGUCGAUCAGAGUGAAUCGACUCAGUCUGACAGCGAUGACUGUAUCGUUGAGGGAGCGGCCUCGGGGAGAAAGCCCUCGGAGCGUGUGCGGGUGGAGGUGGUGUCUCUGAGCCUGAGGCCACAGUCUCGGGUGGUGAAGGACAGCAGCGUUGUGCGUCUUUUUGUGGAGUACUCUUUGCUGGACCUGCCCACUGAGGAGACCCCCCUGUCCCUGCCCAAACCCCCCAUCGGCAAGACGAUCAACUACAACUACAGCAAAGUGGUUCCUGUAGAUUCAGAGAACAACGGGGCGAGGCGUCGGCUGCUGAGGGAAGUCCUGCAGGGACGAAACCCAGCGAUGGAGAGAAUCCGGUUCACGGUGGUGAGCGAGCCUCCAGAGGAAGAGGAGCAGGAGAGAGAGUGUGAGGAUGUGGGCGUGGCCUCCAUCAGAAUCCCUGACAUCCUGGAGAGACGAGAGGACCUGACUGAGACCACCCUGACUGUGGUGGGCGUGGAGGACAGCAGCGAGGUGGUCGGCAGUCUGAUCGUGUCUGUGGAGGGUCUGGAGGCUCUGCAGGACAUCAUGGAGGACCAGGAGCAGGACCAGGAGGAGACCUCGGUCAUCUCUCUGGCUCCAUCCUGAAGAAACAACAUCAUCUGAUAGAAAAAGUGUGACCCAGAUCUGAUCAACACCUUCUGAAGGACUGACUCCAGAUGUGAACAGAGAACUUUGUAAAGCUUGUUUGAAAAAAGAGAACCUGCCUUUAUUUUGUGAAACAUUCUACAGAGGCCCUAAGGGGUCAUGUGCAGAACAAGUUCCAGGUGGGCACAGGACACUACCCUGUGCUCACGAGAAGGUAUUGCCUUUCAAACGAGAACGUUUCUCUGGAUCAGUAGGAGGUACUUUGUGUCCACUGAAGAGUUUCUGCCUUAAAUGAACUUAAAGGAGUUUCACCGUCUCUGUGAGCCGGAGAUUUCUCUGAUAAGAGAUGCACAAAACCUCCUCGUGAGCACGGGUUAGUUUCUGAUGUACACCAGUAACUUAUUUAUGUCCCUUAAGGGCUCCAAGUUUACACUGUUUUUAUUUUUGUAUUUUUCACACUAAAACCUUCUGAUCGUGAUUCUUGAAAUGAGGGUCUUCUGUCUUUGCUCUGUAAAUAAAUGUGAUGAUGAUUUUCAGGUUUAUAUUGAGGACUCAAUAUAAACAUUAACGGAUAUAAAAUCUAGUGAGGCCGCUUGAAAUGAAAAUGAUCUGAUUUAAAAUGAUGCUGUAAGUUUGUACAUACUGUACACUGUUUUAAUUUAUAAAUGUUACAAUAAUUUAUAGUUUUUGCUGUGUUGCUUCCCUGUAGUUAUUUCAGAGGAGACUCGUUAGUGAGUCUGCAGAUCCUCAUGUAAUAUUUACUGCAGCUGUUAGCAGCAGGACUGUUUGUGUUUCUGCAGUUUCAUGUAGUUUUGUACAGAAUAUGUGUUUCUCCAGAGCUGCUCACAGUUCUGUUAUAAAUAAUAAUGUUUGUUUAUCGGAGUAAGAAGGGGAGCCGUGUGCCUUAAAUUAGAGAUUUCCUCUAUGGGGUUUAAUGAAGAGUUUUCUCUAUAAAUAUUUAUUUGUAUGAGUUUUUAACUUAAUAAAAUGAGUUACAAA